AUGGCAAUGCGUGUGUGCGAGUGCAGUGCAGUCUUGGAUCCAGCGUGGAACCCCCACAGUCCGCCCGGGCGCCCAGCCUUCGGGCCGGAGACGCUCCAAACGAGCAACUACUCUCUGGUGUUGCUGAUUCAGCUCAGCCUGCUCUCCUUCGACCUGUUCGUCAACUCCUUCAGCGAGCUGCUGAGGCACGAACCGGCUGUCCAGCUGGUACUUUUCAUAAUCCAGGACAUUGGCAUCCUGUUCAACCUGAUCAUCAUUCUGUUGAUGCUGUUUAACACCUACGUGUUCCAGAUCGGCCUGGUCGCCAUAUUGCUGGAGCGGUUUAGAGCUGCGCUAAUGCUCUCUGCUCUCUAUCUGACCUUCAGUAUCAUACUCCACUCCUGGCUUAUGAAUCUACGUUGGCUGAAUACCAACAGAUUUAUUUGGACAGACGGCCUUCAGGUGCUGUUUGUGUUCCAAAGAGUCGCCUCUGUGUUGUACUACUACUUGUACAAGAGGACGUCGGAGUAUCUGGGUGACCCUCGCCUCUAUGAGGAUUCGCCGUGGAUGCGGGAACUGUUCGCUCGGGUCAGACAGUGACCUCACUGCAAAAAUAACCCAAUAAAAAGGUCCCAUAUGGAGAGCAAAGGUGUUUCAAUGAAGUGUGCAUUUGGGGAAAAGAUGGCCACUUCAGUACAGUGUAUUUAAAUGUGUUUGAAGUGCAUUUGCAAGACGAUACCAAUGGCAUUUUGGGAACACUUGAAAAAAGAAAUACAAUCAGGCUUGAAAUGCAUUUAAUGUAAAACAUACAUUACAAAUAGAUUUGACAGGAUUUGAAAACCAGAAACAUUUUCCACAGAACAUUUCCCUCCAAAGCAGGAAGGAUUGUGCCAAAAUCUGCUGAGACAUUUUAGAACAACAAGGUCUC